UUUAAGAGUUUCUGUGAAAGUUGAAGGGGGAGAUCCCACUGUGUGCUGCGUGUCCUCUGUUCCGUUUUCUCUCCAAUCACCAAACAGCUCGGAGUUUCUAGUUACUUUAGCUGCUGUUGCUAUGGAGAUGACACAAAGUUCUCACCCUGGAUACUUGGUAGCAGUCACAGAUGAGGCCAGUUCAUAGCAUAGUGAUGCAGGUUCAGUCGGUUCCCCUCGGCUCUGUUACCAUCGGACCGCAGUCCUGGCGCGAGGGUACGGUCCGCUCCAUUCGGCUUGCUGAGCGCCUGGUCCGGCAGACUCGAGCCGGGCAGCCCGCUGCGUGCAGCCAGCCCCGGAGCGGCAGCAGCAGCGCCGCUGCAGGAGUAACCCUAAAGCGCUCAGACGGCACAGCGGAAGUCACAUCCAGAGAUAAGAUAAGAGCGGAGGCGUGCAGACCGAGGAGUCGUGACUGCGUCUGCAACCAGAAGAUAUCAAGACCCCAAAGUGCAGGAGCCAUGGUGAGACAAACGAUCCACAGCCCUGACAGGUCUGCCCCUUUGCAGGAGAGAGAUGGUGCUGAUUACUUGCUGCUGUGGGAGAGGAGAGAGCUGGCUGAGCUGAAACAGGAUCUGGAGGGAACACUGAAAACCACACUGAGCCAGCUUCAGGCCCUGGGUGAGAGCAGCAGACAGCUGCUGGACUGUGCCAGCGAGAGGGCUCGAGUACUGACACUGCUCCCUCUCAGUGGCUCUACUGGAGGACAUGACUCUGCACCUCAGACCUUUAUCAAAACAGACCCCAUCAGCCCCUUUACUCCAGAGUGUAAAAAGGCUUUAGAGUCGUCCUCUCUGAGGGUCAACCAGUCGCAGCUACUGAGAGAAACCAUCAGACGGACGCUAAACAGCGCCAUCAGCAGGCAGAAAGCUGCUCAUUGCGCUGUCAAUGACGGCCUGGUGAAAAAAAUUGCAGAGACAGUCACCCUGCAGCAAAAUCUGGCGCUGACGUCUGCAGCCACCCGGCAGGCCAUGUUUCGUAAGCAGAGGGAGAUCAACUGCAUUCGUCACAGCCACGGCAGAGCGCAGGGUCCAGAGUACAGCGGUGAUCUUCUGUCCAGAGAGAAGCUCAACAGGCCUCUGGUGAAGGUUUAUCAGAGACACCCGGGGACACAGUUACCUGAAGCUGCUCAGCUCAUUCAGAGCGGUGCGGCGCUCAGACGAUGUCUGAAGUCCUCUGAGGGUGAGCUGGGGAAGCUGCAGCGCACAUGUCUGCAGCUGCUGGAUGACCUGCAGGGCAAGAGAGCUGCAGCUCAGGUGGACGCAGCUGUGGUCCGCAUGAGGCGUCAGCAGGUCGACAAGCGAGCCAUGCCCGCUUUCCUCCAGCAAGGGGCGCUGUGAUGCUAAUUUAGUUAAUGAUGAGAACGAUUUACAGGUUAAAGAACAUUAGAACAGCUUGAAAAUGCACUUUAAGGUAAAAUGUUUAUGCACA